ACAUAAGAAAAGCCAAAAUUGUAAUGAAAAAAAAAGUCUGAAUUUCAUAAGAAUACUGUAGUUUAUGAGAAUUUUUCAAUUUAAGAAGAAUACAAGUAAUUUUACACGUCGUAAUUUUACAAGACAAAUUUGUGAGUUUCAGGGGGGAAAGCAGUGGGAACGCCAACCUGUGGGAACUCACCAAACAAGAAAUUCGGAAACGGAUGCUGUUAGGUCGCGUAUACUCAGAAGGACGAAAUCAAUCAGACCGGCAAUCACCUGCAGCAGAGCCACAGAACAGCAGACCAAGAAAGAAAAGCUGUCUGCCACGGAGGGCCCAAGACCCAAGACCGCAAAGGACGGCGCCGCUUCGUUAGAUGGCCCGUGUUGCUCCUCCGUCAACUUCGACGACCGAAUAAGUAAAUCGAGUUUUUACGGAAAUACAGGAUAAUUAAGGUAAGAAAAGGCAGCAUUUUCAUGAAAAAAAACGGUCAAUUACAUGAAUGAAGUCAUAACAAUAUAGACUGUAUUAAGGUACUAUAUUAACACAAAGUAUAAAGUUUCGACAAGAAUCAUUUUUUUUUAAUUUUGGGGAGAAUGAAGUUAUUCCUUUGUUAUUGUUUUGGAGCGGUUGAAAAAGUUGUGGAAAAAUGUGAAUUUUUCAAGAAGAAAUAUCAACACUACGAAAACUGUUCAAGUGUUGCUGUUAUGAUUAUGAUUUUGUUGUUGUUGUUGUUGUUUUUGUUGUCGGCGUAGUUAUGGCGUGGAGCUCGGCAGUGAAAGCGGGGGCUCACCUCCGGCUUGGUCAGGAGGCGGCGACCCCUCCACCUUGGCAGCCCCGCGGUGGAUCUCUUUUCUUUCUCCCCCCCCUUUCUCUCUCCCCCCGCACCUUUGUGUUGUGCGAUCGACUCUUGCAGUCUGUUUCUCACACCCACCCCUCACACACACACCCUCCACUUCCCCCCUCCUCCUGCAUUUAGCAUCUGAAAGGAGCUCUGAGUGAGAAUCGAUGGCGCAGAGGCCCGCUUGACAGGACAAUAAAGCACAAAGAAGGGACCCUCCGCAGCAGCCAUGCUCCAGCGGCAGCCGCCGUCCCCCCGCAGCCGUCGCAUCCUCCUCGGCCAGGAGUCCCCCCCGUCCCCGUCCUCCCCCAGCAGCCGCCGACUCCUUCAGACGAGCGAGCCCGGCCACAACUCCCCAUGAGGCGGCCACCAGCACUCGCACCGACCGCUCUGUAUGGAGCCCCUCGCCACUGAAUGGACAUGGAGGAUGAAGACGGGACUUGUCUUCUUGAUGUUUUGUGUGACCCCCAAGCCCUGAACGACUUCCUUCAUGGGACCGCUGAGCUGCAGACCGAAGACCUGCUCAUUAGCGCCUCCUCUGGGGAGCCGUCUCUCUUUGCAGACGCCCCGAGUCCCGUCUCGCUGCUGGGGGACGGCGGAAGCUCCCCGAGUACGUCACCGCACGGCUGCGUGGAUCUCUCCUUCCUGGAAGAGGCCCUCCUCUCGUCACCGGAGGACACGGACGACCCCGGGCGGGGGGAGCUGGCACAGGCGGCGUCCCCGGUUGGGCUCGGAUGCCAGUCGGAGGAGGAGGUGGCGGCGAAGGAGGAAGAGGAAGUGGCCUGCUGCGACAUCCUGCAGCAGAGCCUGAAGGAGGCGGACAUUACGGAGCAGACAGUCACCCAAACGGGAGACUCGCUUUACCCGCCCGUCAUAACACCGCCCGCGCUGCCGUUUGCCAUCAAGUCCGUCGUCCCGGCCUUACCCAGAGACACUCAGGCGGCCGUUGAGCCCCCGCAGCCCUCCUUGCUGGCCGUGGGGCCGGGGUGUCCGUCCCUAAAGCCUACCCCCCCUCCUCAGCUGAUGGGGCUCCUGCCCGGGAAUGUUUUCCCCGCCCCUUCGCCGGAGACGUCCUUGGUUCAGGGCUCUGGUACGAUCCUCCAUAAAGCCGUCAGUGCCCGGCCUCUCGUCGCCCCGGCCGCGGGGAUCGUCCUGCAGCGCGCCCCCCUCCCCAUCCAACCCAAGCUGCCCAUCAGCAUCCAGCCAAGACUGGUCCAGAUCAGCCCGAAGCCGUUGGGGCAAAAACCCACUCCGGGUCUCACGCUGGUUCCUGGGACCACCUCGCCAAAUAUUCUCCUUUCUCAGCAGCCCUCCGCUGCGGUCCCGGCGGCCCCCGAGCCGCUCCCCAAACCCGUCCGCCUGCAGCUGCUCAACCAGGGCGGCUCCUUCAUGCUUCAGCCUCAGGGACUCUUUCAAGGCCAAAAUCAGUUCCUUCUCCCAGGUCAGUCCCAGGUUACCAUCGCCCAACCUGCUGCCGGAGCUUUGCUGACCGCCACUCCCCAAGGCCCGCGAGGGACUCCCUUCGGCGGGCAGAUCGUGGACGGCUCACAGUUCCUCACAGUGCCCCAGAGACAGCUCAACUUCAGCCCCGUGUUCGCUACGGGGCAGCUGGCCCUCGGUCAGGCCGCUAUCUUUUCUCCGACCGUCUUCCAGAUGCCGGCGCAGCUCGCCGCGGGCUACGCGAACAGCGGGCAGGGGCAGAGAGCCACCCUGGUGCACGGACCGGCCGUGGGAAACCGCAUCACCUUGAUCAACGGCUCCGGGAUGCUCCCCUCGGACUUGGCCUCCAUAUCCAUCGUCAACACCCCCUCGGUGGUGCAGGGCCUGCCUUUGGCGGCUCAGUCCACGCGGGCGGCCGUGACCGACGCCCCGCGGGGCCUCCAGGCCGCCUCGGUGGUGCUUCUGCCCGAGAGAGGUAUCCCCGAAGAGAGGGGCGGCUCGGAGGAAAGUUUUCAACAACAGCGCUUGGGUCCAGUGAUCCAGCAGCAGGUGUCGGUCCGGCCCCUCGCCCCCUCGCCACCCGUGGCGACCGUCCUGCCGCCACCGCCUGAACCGGCGGCGGCCCCCGACGUGGCCCACGUGGUGAAGGAUGUGGCCCAGUCCCUGAGCCAGGACCAGGACUUUAUCAAACAACUGCAACAGCAAGCACUCGGCUCUCCUGUUACAUCCGACAUAUUGGUUGGAGUUGCACCAGCGGCAUCGGUUGACUCUCUAACCUCGACGGUGGACAACGAGCAAGAGAGCCAGCCAGCGACCAUCAUGUCGGACUCGUGUCCGGACGCCUCGCCGCUGCCCUCCGACUCAGAGGACGCGGCCCUGCUGGGCUCGUCCCCUUCGCUCCGGGACUCAGCCACGUUCCCCGACCCGAACCCCCUUUCUGGACUAGAGGGCUCGUCCCCGCGGCCGCAAGUCCAGUACCAGGUUCCCCAUCAGUUCCAUGGCUCGCAGGCUUUGUUCAUGCACAGUAGAGGCACACUUGCCUCGCCUUCCCAGGCACCGUCCUCUGAGCCUACUUUGACCCCCAGCAUCGCAGUGCCUCAACAUCAGCCGGACCCCUCAGAUGUAGGUGGGGUAGACACCCCCGUCCAACAGCACACACAAAUCACACCAACAGCUGCCUUGGUCCACGAGAGCGACGUACUGACUCCCGACGUCCGGUCGCCCUCCCCCAACACCCAGGAGUGGGACCAUUACGGGCUCGCCGCUCCCAGGGAGUGUGGCCAUGUGCCAAGAAACCAGCAGCUGGCAGGCGUGGAGCUGCAGUCGGAGGAACCACUAACACCAGCAACACGACGUCACAGGUUCCAACAGCUGCUUUGCUCGGACCAUCUGGCGGUCCAGCACCCGCGCACCGGCCCGGCCUUCCGCACCCUGACGGAUGCUGCCCGCCGCCUGUUGCCGUACCACGUCUGUGCUGGACACACGCCCUCUCAGGAGGACUUCGCUUUAGUGGACCAGGAGUUUGACACUGUGUCGGGGUUCCUGCUGAAGCGCACUAAGGACAUGGUGAACAAAUACAGGCAGCUACUGGUCAGGGAAACAUGGCAGGAGAGUCCGUCCGCUGAGAUGGUGAUGCUGGAGCGUCUCUUCCUGCAGUCGGAGCGCUUUUCCCUGGGAGAGGACAGGCAGCGGGCAAACAAAGACCCAGAGUCUUUCUUGACGUCCUUGACCUCAUCAGCAUCUUCCUCACACCGCUCGGGGUCCUUACAGCCUCCACCACCAGCCCAGGCCUGUGUCCCAGCCUGGACUAGACUGUCAGACCGCCCGCCUGGACUCAAGACGUACCGUUCCAGCUCACGCGGGGCUCUCAGGCUCACCAUCAAGCAAGAGUGCGGCUACCGCAAGGUGGUGCGCAGCUCCAUCGCCGACUCUGGUCCCAAGCGGCACCACGUGGGGCAGCUCUCCAACGGUGGCGGCGGGGCCAACGGAGUGUCACGGCAUCCUCGACGCGAAGACAAGAUCCCCAAUGGAGUGGAAUCCAAAAAGAAAAACCAUCUUCCGGCGCCUCCCCCGCAGGACACCCCCAGGGUCAAAUGCCUCAGGUUGGACGUGCCGCCACCCCUCAGCUCCCUGCAGGAAGACAUCGUGCUCAGCGAACAUCUGCAGAGCGCCAUCGACAGCAUCCUGGAGCUACAGCGGCUGCAGGGACCAUCGGCAGGCCCCCUCGGGAGGGCCUCGGACCAGCCCGUCACCAGCGCCUUAGGGGGUCACCUGUGAGGCUCCACCAGGAUGUAGGAACUCCCAGCUGAGCCAACCAAAAGCUUGACUUUUGUCUGUUGCUAGGAAGAUUUUAAUCCAUGCAUCGGUCGUUCUUUUCAUUUUCAUUUGGCAGUCGAAAAGGGGACUUUUUUGUCAUUUGUUUUUCCAAUCUAACAAAAAAAACAAAUUUUUCAUACUUAAUCUUUUGCCUCAAUAUCUUGCAGAUUUCGUAGCAGGGCUCGGUCUCGAUCACCCCGUGAAUGGCAAGGGUUCACUGUAUUUGCGCCAUACUGUAUGGACUUACUGCACAAUGUUUGAAAGAAGAAUGAAAAUAAUGCCAUUGUCUACUAGGCCACGUGGUGUUUUGUGUGGACAUAAACGAGUUGAAAACAAUGCGAUUGGACAAUAGCAAUUAUGCGUUCCUUCUUCUGAUUCACAGGUUUUGUUCCUCUGAAAUGUUGAGGAACAAAACGUGUUAAGAGUCUAAAGUUAAUACUAAUAAUGCUUUUUUUU